CUCGGCGCCUCCUACACACGCCGAGACAACACACUCGAAGUCAGUCAGCUGUAAACCCGGACUGAUAGGCUACUCUAGCCGGUUGACGGUUUCCCCUCAGCGGUAUGACAGCGGCUAUUACCUACAUGUAUUGUUAUGUUCCGUGACUUUUGAAUAACCGAAGCACCACCAAACACUGGACGUAACAUGUCAGAGAAGUCAGAAGAGACGAACUCCCUGGCACCUGAGCGAGAUCGAGCCCCGGACGGCGACGAGAGGCGACUGAAUGGAUGCGUUCCACUGUCACAUCAGGUGGCCGGACACAAAUAUGGCAUCAACAAAGUGGGUAUCUUGCAGCAUCCUGAUGGCACAGUGCUUAAACAGCUUCAGCCACCCCCCAGAGGCACUCGAGAGAUGCACUUCUACACACAGGUGUUUGCUCGGGACUGUUCCGACCCUCAGGUGUUAUCCCUGCGGCCGCACCUUCCCGUAUUCUACGGCACCUGGGCAUCAUCAGACUCACCCAAUGAGCUGUACCUGAAGCUGGAGGACGUGACGCGACGGUUCUCCAGGCCGUGCAUUAUGGACCUGAAGGUGGGCCGUCGCAGCUACGACCCCCUGGCCUCGCCCGAGAAGCGCCAGCAGCAGAUCAGGAAGUACCCGCUGAUGGAGGAGAUCGGCUUCCUGCUCCUGGGCAUGAGGGUAUAUCAGCCAAGUCGUGACUGCUAUGUCUGCCAUGAUCAGUUCUUCGGACGCAGCCUGGGAAAGGACACUCUGGCCGGAGGUCUGGCUCAGUUCUUCCAUGAUGGCGUAAAGCUCCAUAAGCAGACCAUCCGUCUCUGCAUCCGCAAAGUCCAGAACAUUCUGCGAUGGUUCGAGAGCCAAAAGCAGCUUCACUUCUACGCCAGCUCCCUGCUGUUUGUGUACGAGGGCGCGUCGGGUGCACACACAGAAGCAGAACAAAACAACAACCACCACCACCACCUACCGCCUCAGGAGUCUUCCCACGAGGGAUCCCCAGCCAAGAGCUCCUGCAGACGGGGAGGCUGCGGCGGAGACCUCCCGGACAGUUUGCAGAACGGAGGUCAGACACAUGGCUCAGCCCCUUGUCUGAGACAGAGUAACGGGAAUGUGGAGUGUGAGGAAGAGGAGGAGGAGGAGGAGGAGGGAGAGGAGGACUCAGGUGGAUGGCUUGAGGAAGAGGGAAGUGAAGGCCACGUAGAGGUGAGGAUGAUCGACUUUGCCCACGUCUUUCCCAGCGAAAGCCCUGACGAGGGUUACAUGCACGGCCUGAAGAACCUGCUGUCCACUCUGAGAAAGAUCAUCCAGGACUGACCAAUGAUCAAGCUCUCCUCUUUCUCUAUUGCUUCCUCUUUUCCCCUCUCUCCCAUGUUAUCUCAUUCUCUCUCUCUGUCUCUCUCUCCAUCUGUUCUUGCAUCCUGAGUGGGCUCAUCUCAUAAUCACUGGUUGUGUCUGUGUCUGAUGGAAACAUAUGGGUUUCACCCUCUAUCUCAGGUAGAUUUUUUUCUAAUCAGAUCUCUAAUCUGGAUUGUGCAAUUUUAUAUAUUGACUUUAUGCAACUGUGACUAAUUUAAUUAAUUUAUAAACGUAACCUUUUCUGAAGAUCUAUAUCAUAUUCUAGAUGCACAAAUAAUUGUAGCUGUAUAGUUUUAAGUUUCUUGACUCCAAUAACUGGACAAGAACUGUGAUUUUGUAAGUGUGAGGAGGAUUGUAUUGGAUCUUAACUGAUUGGAGGUGUAGGUAACAUUACUGCCAUAACUUACAUAGAUCAUGGAGUCAGAUAAAAGUAGACAGGCUUACUGGAAGAGAGCAAUUGCUCCAGAUUUUAUGGAACAUGGAUUUUAUGGAAUCUCUUUUUUUUUUACAUUUGGGGCUGAAUAUAUGAGGAGCUCCUUCCAAAACGCUAUAAUCAGUAGUUAUAAGAAUAGGAAUGUGUAAUAUUUAUUUUCAUUUAUUUAAGUUUUUCAGCCACUGAGCUGAUUUGAAUUAACAUUUGUAUGAUGUUUUAAAAUAGUAUUCUGAACAGAUAAGAAGUACAGUUCAAUUAUUUUAAAAUUUGUAAUUGUUUUACAACUUUUGCAAUAUUGAACAUCCACAGCACGUGUCCAAUAGUAAUUCUAUUUUUCAAAGAGCUGUAAAGAUAUUAAUUCCUUUCUCACAAGACAGGGACUCUCUACUUGAAGGCAAAGUAAUUCAUGAAAGAACCAUUCUGACUUCUUCAAUGUGAAACCCAUCAUCACAUUGUCGCUGUCCUCAACGCUGUGAAGUAAAAGCAUUUUAAUGAGUCUUG